GCAACUUUGUAACCUGUAGAUAAAAAGAAGAACUGUGAGAGAAGCACUGAGACAGCUGCACCAGAGCGUUAGUUGUCUGACUGAAGAGAAAGGCAAGCCAAAGUGGUCACUGAUGUUGACUCGAUGUAGGCGGCUCUCUCUGACAUUUUUUCCCCUCACCUAUCAAAGACCUCGUACCACACGGACGUCACAGGCUGCGCUCUACUCCUCUACUUCAACUUUAUCCAUCCCUCCAUCUUUCCCCACACCAAGCUGCCGUCACGGUAUCCUGACGAACCCUCACUCAUCUGUGUGCUCCUCCUCCAUCCGCUGCCUCUCUCACGCUGUUCACAGUCCAGGCAUGAUGGAGCUCAAAGAAGUUCUGCAGGUGUUGGAGCAGCUAGCUCCGCUGUCUCUGGCUGAGUCGUGGGACAAUGUUGGUCUGCUGGUCGAGCCCAGCAAACCUCGGCCCGUAAAGACUGUCCUGCUCACCAAUGACCUCACGGAGGCUGUCAUGGAGGAAGCAGAAGCCCUGAGCUGUGACCUCAUUAUUUCAUAUCACCCUCCGUUGUUUCGGCCAAUCAAGCGUCUGGUCCAGAAAGAUUGGAAGCAGCGAUUGGCCAUCAGGGCUGUGGAGGCAGGGAUAGCCAUCUUCUCCCCUCAUACGUCAUGGGACAGCGUUAAAGGAGGAGUGAACGACUGGCUGGUGGGGGGACUCGGUAGCGGUCAGGUGUUGGUGCUGAGUCAGGCCCUCGGCAGCGCCUCCCACAGUCACAAAGUGGAAUUCAUGGUCAAAAACACAGAAGAAGUAAACAACAUCAUGGAGGAAAUGAAGGCUUGUGACGGUGGAACGACACUACAACAUGCAGUCAACAGGCCAGAUGGCAGUGGGAUCCAGGUCAGCCUGACCUGCAGUGACUCAGCACUGACCCCUAGUGUCCAGACUCUGUUACGACACAACGCUCCCAGCCUGUCCCUCAGCAUCCUCAAGUUAGAAAAGCCCCCUCUUCCGGGUCACGGCCAGGGGCGACUGAGUGUUUUAGACCAGCCUGUUACCGUGGCGACAGCAAUCCAGAAAAUGAAAUCCCACCUGGGUUUGAGUCACCUCCGUUUGGCUCUUGGAUCCGGUCAGACGCUUGAGUCGUCUGUUAGCACGGUGGCUGUGUGUGCGGGGUCAGGAGCCUCAGUGCUGAGCGGAGUCAAGGCUGACCUUUACAUCACAGGUGAAAUGUCCCACCAUGAAGUGCUGGAUGCUGCCGCGAUGGGAACAAGCGUCAUCCUCAGCGACCACAGCAACAGCGAGCGGGGAUAUCUGGCUGUGUUCAGGGAGAGGCUGGCUGUGCGUCUUCCUGAGGGGGUGACGGUGGUCGUGUCCAAGGUGGACCGAGACCCUCUGGAGGUGGUCUGACUGAUGUGGAGCUACAGUUGAAGUGGUUUGUCUGUCGGGAAAAAACUUUCACAGGGUUUAGAGGGAUGAAAUUGACCACGUAAUAAAAAGUAAACACUGAUUUCUAAGCUACAAAAUUUCCUUAAAAAAGCGGCUUUGUAAACCAUAAUUUCAAAUUGAAUGAUGUAAAUGUUCUCCUGGAUCUUCUAGUACUAUAUGUUAUGUAUUUAUGACAUGGUUAUUAAAAUUGGUUCUGCUUGAUGGAUAAAA